GAUAAUGAUGUAAUGUCUUUUUAGGCUAGGAUAAUUAUGACUCCUUGUAACUUUCUCACAAGAUUGACUUCAAGAUGAUAUAGAUGGAUGAUCUACUACGUGAGAUAAAGAAGCUAUCAGCACACAUCAAAGAAGAGAGAUCUGAAUCCACGUCAAGUAAAGAAGAAGCAACAAGCCAACCAACAAGUGCGAAAAAGGUUGCCAAAAAAAGACAGAAGAAUAGACGCAAAAAGCACAGAGGAAGAAAACGUCGAUUAAAGUAUAUAGCUGACUUUGAAGCUGACAGCAGUUCUUUCACAGACUGCACCGACGAAGACAUUAUUAGGGACUAUAUAGCAAACAUAACUGCUGAUCUCAGUGAUUCAGACGUUGAUUCUGCUCUACGCAAAGGAGCAUUUUUGAUGAAGCGAGACCUAGCUUCGAGCCAUGAUUUUAGAAUGCCUGUAAGUCCCGAAGUAGACGAGACUGAUUCGUAUAGCGAGUCUUUUCGUUUAACACAUUCUCGCAAAAAAAGACGGCGAUACAAGAGACAUUGCGUGGAUGGCAUUGAUCAUCAGCUGAAUCAUGUCAACUCUCUACAGCGCAAAAAUAUUCAUGACGUGCUGAGCAAACAAUUCUCAAAGAGUUCUAAAGCAGCUCAAGCUAAAAAGUUGAAAUUGGAAGAUGAGAACGAAGAGACGAUGGAAGUGGAACCUUGUCGAGAUUCUUCACAAGCAAAUUCCACCAGCGAUAACAGCGAUUCGUCAUCUAACACUCCUGGUUCAGAAGCAGAUGAUGAGGGUGAGGAGAGUAGUUUGGAGUCUUCCACAGCCAUUCAACCUGUUAUACCAUGGUGGGAUGAUGAACAACCUACUGAAGUUGAUAUGUCCGCCAUGGAUGGUGACAAAAACGAGGUGGCAAUAGAACAGUCGCUUGAUUUGAUGCGCGACAGGUCAGAUUUUAAAACAAGAUUUUUGAAGACAAGUGGAGUUUUGUUUUGUGAAUCUGGAGGCUUUGUGGCGUAUGCAAAUCAUAAAGUGCGCAACUUCGUUUUACAUCGAGAUCCAAACGAGUUGUCGUUACACACAACAAGUAAAAAAGAACAAAACCAGGUUUAUCAGCUUGCAGUUUUGUACAACUUACAAUGUAAUCUAGAAGAUGCAACACGGUGUAGUAAAGUGGUUCUCACAAAAACGCUGAGCACGGCAGAACCAAAUCAGGAAGACCUCAAAUCGUUUUUAUCGAAAGAAGUCAAAUUAAGAUGUCGAAAAAAUCGUCCUCUUCCACAGUGGAACCACAAACGUAGGAAAGUUAAUGUGGUUGGAGAGAAUAAUGCUUUUACAAAUGAACUUGUGGACUUUCCAAUCCCCGACUCGAACGUUGGUAAUCAAAUGUUACGUACGAUGGGAUGGAAACCAGGUCAAGGGCUAGGAAAGGAUAGUUGCGGAAUGACAAAUCCUAUAAAAGCCAUAAAAAGACCUAGAAAUCUUGGAUUUGGCCACCCAGACGUCACGUGACACUAAAUGAUUUUUAUUUAUUUUACAAUCCGACGCAAUAUCUAUCAACUGUUUAUACUCCCUAUUUUAUGCAAUGCUUUUAAAAAUGCACUGUUAGUGAACAAUUUUUUAUUUGCGUAGCAUCAGACAAUGAUUACAUUAUGCACUUUUUUAAGAAAUUUUUUAGCUUCCAACAUUAUUUGCAUUCUGGAAGAAUAAAUACAGAUACUUUUUACCUUGGUAGAAAUGUUUUUGGUAUUGUUUUAGAAUUUAUUUUUAUUGUUUUAGGAUGUAUCGUGCAACUGUGUAACUUAUUUGUAUAUAGAGAAAAGUUUUAACGUGA